AGAGUUCCCUUGCUGCCGCGAGAAGGCAGAGGUGACACCCUGGUCCCAGCUGCAGACAGGCCGCGCAUCGAGUAUAAUCAAUCUAACAAAUCCACGGUUGGACCGACCUGUCAGCCGCGGCACACAAAGGCGUCCAGCUUAACCCCCACUCGUUAAAAGCAUCUCCGACAGUACAACGGCCAACCCCUCUCUCUCUCUCUCUCUCUCUCCUCGCCGCGCCUCCGGCCCCGCCGCCAUGAACAACCUACUCACCGAUUCCUUUGAGCUUCCUCGGCGGGAUUCCUCAAGAGAUGGGGACGUUGAAAUGGGAAUGCAUCAGCCUGAUGCUUCUGAUAAUUUAAAAGGCUUCUUGAAGAAGGUUGAUGGAAUUGAGAGCCUAAUAGCUAAGCUGACGAAUCUCUUGACUAAGCUCCAGACUGCAAACGAGGAAUCAAAAGCAGUUACAAAAGCAAGUGCCAUGAAAGCAAUUAAGCAGCGAAUGGAGAAAGAUAUUGAUGAAGUGGGGAAAAUUGCUCGUAUGGCAAAAACCAAAGUUGAUGAACUGGAAAAAGAUAACCUAUCUAACAGGCAGAAACCUGGAUGUGGGAAGGGGUCUGCAGUAGAUCGAUCAAGAGAACAGACUACUGGAGCAGUCAAAAAGAAAUUGAAGGAACGGAUGGACGAUUUUCAGGUAUUGAGAGAAUCAAUCCGGCAGGAGUACCGGGAAGUUGUUGAAAGAAGGGUAUUUACUGUAACUGGCAAUCGCCCUGAUGAAGAGACUAUUGAUGAUUUAAUCGAGACAGGGAGAAGUGAGCAAAUUUUCAAAGAUGCUGUUCAGCAGCAGGGGAGAGGCCAGAUAUUGGAUACUGUUGCUGAGAUACAGGAGCGUCAUGAUGCUGUCAGAGAUCUGGAGAGGAAGCUUCUGGAGUUGCAGCAGAUAUUCCUGGAUAUGGCAGUAUUGGUUGAGGCUCAAGGAGACAUGAUCAACCACAUAGAGACACAUGUUUCAAAUGCUACCAACCACAUACAGCAAGGUGUGGGCGCUCUCCAGAAUGCAAAGAAGCUGCAGAAAAACUCGAGAAAGUGGAUGUGCUACGCCAUCAUCCUUCUCCUGGUAAUAGUGGUUAUCAUCGUGGUCGCGGUUAUCCAGCCAUGGAAGAAGUAACUCUUGAGCAUGACCUGGAACCCAAGAUCUCGGCGGAAUAUAUAUAUAUAUACUGUUUUUGUGUUUGUGCAAUCUGUGUAGUUCUGUGACCGAUUCAAACUCUUCUAUCGUUGUACCUAUGCUCAACCAGACAAAGCCCCAUAUUGUUUGCCCCUGGAGGUGCUGCUAUUCAUUUGUGUUUCGUGUACUCCAGCUAUUUUAGCGGUGAAAGUGGUGAACGCGAAACCGAAAUGUGCAUUCUUGUUCCUAAAUCCAUUUAUUGCAGUUUGUGCACCA